UAUUUGACAUAUGAUUGAUUCGAGUCUGACCAAACUCGCUUCGGACUAGAAUUUCCCCCCACAUUCCACCCUUUAAAAACGCUUUAUAUAUGAACUGCAGCAUACAGGCAGUGAUCCACAUCCUCCACAUCCCAUCAACCAUGCAUACCCACUUCUUCCACCUUGCAAUUCUGUGGUUAGCACUGGGCAUCAACGCAAACCAGAAUGCAGUGACUUGGGGCAAAGGCGUGAUGAACAAAACACGAGUUGGGUGCUCAGAAGAGCAAUUCUUGAAGUGGGUUGAAUUCGUAGGCAGCCUCAAUCAUUCCCUCUUCAAGUCAGCAAAGAAUAGGGUGUUCCCUUCAUACACCCUCACAGUUGACAAAAAUCCAGCACUGGGAGACUUCACAUCAAUUCAACAAGCACUUGAUUCUCUCCCUCCCCUUAACCUACUCAGGGUUGUCAUCAAUGUUCAUGCUGGGGUUUACACGGAGAAAGUGAGAAUACCCAAAUUGAAGUCGUUUAUAACGAUAGAAGGAGGAGGAGCAGAGAGUACAAUAGUAGAGUGGGGGGAUACAGCCCAGACGCCCGGACCCAAAGGCCGCCCUCUUGGCACCUUCGCUUCCGCCACUUUUGCCGUCGAUGCCCCAUACUUUAUAGCCAAGAAUAUUACAUUCAAGAAUACGACGCCGGUGCCCCGAGCGGGAGAGACGGGGACGCAGGCAGUGGCGUUCCGAAUAUCGGGGGACACGGCGGCGUUUGUGGGAUGCAAGUUUCUGGGCGCGCAGGACACACUGUAUGAUCACUCGGGUAGGCAUUACUACAAGGAUUGCUACAUUGAAGGAUCUGUGGAUUUCAUCUUUGGGAAUGGCCUUUCCUUGUUUGAGCUACAGGAGUGCGAGGUGCAUGCAGUAGCAGCAGUGACAGGUGCAGUGACAGCACAAGGGAGGAGCAGCAUGUUAGACGACACUGGCUUUUCCUUCGUCAACUGUAAAGUAACAGGGUCAGGCGCACUGUACCUGGGGAGGGCAUGGGGUCCUUUCUCUAGGGUUGUUUUUGCCUACACUUACAUGGAUAACAUCAUCAUCCCAAAAGGCUGGCAUGACUGGGGCGAUCCCUCCAGACAAUUGACUGUGUUCUAUGGACAGUACAAGUGUAGGGGAGCAGGGGCAAGUUUUGCAGGAAGGGUUUCAUGGUCGAGAGAACUUUCUGAUGAAGAGGCUAAACCCUUUAUUUCCCUUUCUUUCAUCGAUGGAUCUGAAUGGAUCAACCUAUAAUCAUGUAUGUCAGGGUUAAUUAUACUUAGAUCUAUCUAAAAAUGCGAAUAAUACUUUUUCUAGAAAAAAUUAAAAUU